GGAUAACUGCAGACUGUGGUUUUAAUAUAGCUUAGUGACGCUGGACAGUAACUUUACCCUUGAUUCUUUUCCUUGUACUAGGUCUGAUGGAGGAGGAAAAUCAGACAGGAGUGGUAUAUUUCUACUUCCGUCCCUUUUCAACCAACUCCACAGUGGCUUCACUAGUGUUUGUGGGCUUCUUGCUGCUGUAUCUAGGAAGCCUCAUUGGAAACUUCACCAUUGGGCUCACAGUCUGGCAGGAUCACUCCCUCCAUACCCCGAUGUACUUCUUCCUUUUGGUGUUGGCCACAUUAGAGCUUGGCUAUUCCACCAACAUUGCUCCACUGACUCUGGCUAGCAUCCUUUCCAUGGGGAAGAUGCUUAUCUCUCUGCCCAGCUGUGGGGCCCAGAUGUUCUUCUUCAUCCUUCUUGGAGGAUCUGAUUGUGUCCUGCUGGCCAUCAUGGCUUAUGACAGGUAUGUGGCCAUUUGUCAUCCAUUGCAUUACAGCCUCAUUAUGAGUUGGCAGCUGUGUGGGCAGAUGGCUUUAGGUUCUCUGGGGCUGGGAUUCCUUUUGUCAUUGCCUUUGACCAUUCUGAUCUGCCACCUCCCGUUCUGUGGCCACAAUGAAAUCUACCACUUCUUCUGCGACAUGCCUGCAGUCAUGCGCCUGGCCUGUACAGAUACCCAUAUACACCAGGCAGCUCUCUUUGCCGUCAGCGUGGCUGCAGUGGCCGUUCCCUUUCUCCUUAUAUGUCUCUCCUAUGGUUGCAUUGUGGCUACCAUCCUGAGGAUGACGUCAGCAGAAGGGAAACGCCGGGCUUUUUCCACCUGCUCCUCACAUCUUCUCGUGGUUGUCCUGCAGUAUGGAUGUUGCACCCUCAUCUACCUUCGCCCUAGUUCCAGCUACUCUCCGGAAGAAGGCCGGGCAGUAUCUGUUGUCUAUACCUUCUUCUCCCCCUUGCUCAAUCCCUUAAUCUACAGUUUAAGAAACCAAGAGGUGACUGAGGCAGUAAAAAGACUUUUAGCAAGAACGUUCUGGUUCAGAAAGCCAGAAAGAUUCCAUCCUGGGGAAACUAUUCACCGAACAAGGGGGUACACGCUCUGAUGGAAAGGAAACUCAAAAUGAGUAGGCCGUGAGAAUGGAGCAGUAGUUGCACUCAUGACUACC